AUGCUUUGUGGGGUCAGCUUCAAUAAUGGUGUUGUUGUUUGUUCAUCUUUCAGGAAUGCUGUUCAGCGGCAGCAGCCUACAAAUAAUCAUGGACUAUCCCGAAACCUCAGUAUUGUUCAUCACCGUGCAAUAAAUAUUCCUGAAGACCCCAACCCAGACGACCCUAACCCAGACGACAACCCCGUGGAGUCGGACGACGAGGACCAUGAGCCCCCUGAUUUCCUUAGCAUUCCCCUGAAGAUAUCACCAAAACCCAUAUGGAAGGUCGUGUUUGUCUUGGGACAUGUGCUAAUUAUAUAUCUGUCCCUGGCCGCGUGGUUAUCUUGCCGGAUUAGCAUCUUCAGGAGGUGUUUAGGGUGGUUGGUGGGUGCAGACCAGAAAGCUCAAUUUUUUGUCCGUUCCAUAGUUGAAUGGGCCAUCUCAACCCUUGUAGUGUUUGCCCUCAGCAAAGAUAACAUAAAAAACGACUUUUGGAGCAUCGUCUUGGUUUUCUUGCUGACCAUGCAGAGAUUACCAAUGAUAAACAUUCUUGUCGGUUUUGGGCUUUUCGAUUGUAUUGGCUACGCAAUUGUCAUUUAUUUUGGGUUGCUAACUGCAAUUACUCUUGUCAAACACAUCCCUCCAUGGGCGGCACCGCUCGUAACAACCGUGCUCAAGUUUGGCAAAAAAGGGCUUCAAGAGUCCCGCGCAAGAGGUUAUUUUGAUGUGAUGCAGAUCAGGUGCAUAGCCCUACUCCAAAGAAUGGGGUUUCAGGGUUUCUCUUUUGAUAAAACUGUGGUAUGA